UUUUUUUUUAAUCUUGAAAUAUCAGAUAAUUCAUAGAAAUUUAAGCUUCUGAUGGUUAAAGUUUUGACAGGAAGUUUUUGCGUCUUGUAAUGUUGAUUGAGCUCGUUUCUGAGAAAUUUGCUAUCUUUUGCUCAUUGCAAACCAAAAAAAUUGAAACUUUGAGUAAUUCCUUAGCUAAUUUGUUACUCCUCGUUUGAUGGAAUGUGAUAUAUAUAGUCUAUUAGUUUUGUUUCAGAAGUGAUACACUGAUAGAUUCAAAAAUCUGGUUCUAUGAGAUUUGAUUUUCAUGUACCUGUUUUAUUGAUUAGAUGGUGCAUUAUUGUGUGAUCAAGAUUGCUUAAAGAAAUGGAUUUGGCGUUUUGUGUUGGUAGUUCUCCGCUACAUUUUAGAAAGACAUAAAUCACACCCUAAAACAAUCCAUGUUCGGGGAAACGAGCUGUGUGAGCCAUUUGAUGCCUCUUACUCUCAAAAUGGCCGUCGCAAGCAAUUGGUCUUCAGAGAGGAUUUAACCUCUGAAGGCUACAUGUAUAUCAAAUUGGUCUUCGUUGGAUUCUAUCAAUUUGGAAUUUUUGGUGCCAAUGUGGAAAAAAGGGGAUUUAGGAUUUCUCAAUCUUGUGGAGGAGAUUUUCACGAGUAAGAAGUUUCACUAGAGAUAAUUCGUGCUUUCGUUGUUACUUCUUUUAUGCUUUCAUUUGAAUUGAAGUUCUUCGUUGUUUAUAGUGGCUCACUUAGUAUCAGUGUGAUUAACAAAGAACCUUCCUUUCUUGAAUUUGCAGAAGACUUUUGAAGUAUGAUAAAGGAUUUCGAACCUCAAGAGGAAGCCCCCGGAAUGUAUACUUCAGAAUUCCUUAACAGAAAAUUGAAAGAAAGAUACCUCCUAUGGCUUCCUCCUCCAUUCUCAGCAUCGGACUCUUGCCACAGGAUCAAGUGUUCAUCAACUUCCGAGGAGAUGAGCUGCGUACGAGCUUCGUGAGACGUCUGACGAAAGCCUGGAAAGAAAAUGGGGUCAACGUUUUUAUGGAUGAACACCUGAACAAAGGCACACCUAUUACAAAAUUGUUCAAGAAGAUCGAGGAGUCAAGGAUUGCACUAGCUAUAUUCUCUAAGAGGUACUCUGAAUCCAAAUGGUGCUUAGAUGAGCUGGUCAAGAUCAAUGAGUGAGUGAACGAAGGCCAACUCGUUGCCGUUCCCAUCUUCUAUAAGCUGGAGACAUCCGAUGUGAAGGAGCUUAAGGGAGACUUUGGUGAUAACUUCAAGAUUCGGGCUUAUAAAAGUGAGCACCAGAAAGUUAUAGACUGGGAGAAAGCUUUGAUGUCUAUUUGUGGCAACAUGGGAAUGACGUUAAAAAAAGACGGGGACGAGGGAGUAUUCAUCGACUCAAUCAUUGAGUUUGUGAAGGAUUUGCUAAUUGAUACCAUCUCGACUGGAGGAAACACUGGAAAAGAAGAGCUUGAUGAACCUCUAUAUGGAAUGAAACAAUGCCUCGAGAAAUUAGAAGAGAAGUUAGAUGCAUGGAAUGGAAAAACUUGUAUUGUUGGAGUUGUUGGGAUGCCUGGGAUUGGCAAAACCGCUCUUGCUAAAUCAUUUUACAACAGGUGGGAAAAACAGUUUGCAUACAGCAUGUGUUUAGCAGACGUAAGCAAGAUGUUAAAUGAGCACGGACCGAACUGGUUGCAGAUGAGACUCUUGCGAGAGCUCUUGAAAGAUACUCAUCCCCUACAUCAGAUUUGGAAGGAUGAGUUACUCAAAAGGAAGUUUUUUGUUGUUCUUGAUGACGUUAACGGAAAAGAGCAGAUUGAAUAUCUUCUUGGUAACUUGGAUUGGAUUAAGGAGGGAAGCAAGAUUGUUAUCACAACAAGCGACAAGUCACUGGUCCAGAAUUUAGUCAACUAUACAUUUGUCGUCCCAAUAUUAAAUGACGAAGACGGUUUAAAGUGCUUCACUUAUCAUGCCUUCGGCCCUAACAAUCCUCCUCCAGAAGAAAAUUACUUAAGGUUGUCCAGAAAGAUUCUUGAUUAUGCCAAAGGCAACCCAUUAUUUCUCAAGGAAUUGGGUGUGGAGCUUCUUGGCAAGGAAGAGGAGGACUGGGAAAAGAGAGUGGGAACACUAACACAAAGUUCCAGUCCGAAAAUUCAAGAUGCCUUGAGUAAGAGAUACUUAGAACUCAGUGAGAAGCAGAAAGAUGCAUUUCUUGACAUUGCUUGUUUUUUCAGAUCAAAGACUACAAGUUAUGUAAGAUGUAUGUUGGAUUCAUGUGAUUCGGGUGUAAUAGGCGAUCUCACUGAUAGGUUUCUCAUUAGUAUUUCUGGUGGGCGAGUAGAGAUGCAUGAUGUUCUGUAUACAUUCGGUAAGGAACUUGCUUCAAGAGUUCAGUGUAGGCUGUGGAACCAUAAGAAAAUUGUUCGCAUGUUGAAGUACAAAUCGGAAAUGGAGAACGUGAGAGGUGUGUACCUAGACAUGUCUGAAGUAAAGGAGAAAAUGAGCUUCACUAGUAUGCGCAGUCUUCGAUAUCUUAAAAUCUACAGUUCGAUUUGUCCUAUGGAGUGCAAAGCUGACCAAAUAAUCGUUGUUGCUGAGGGACUUCAGUUCACAUUAGCUGAGGUGCGAUGUCUUGACUGGCUGAGAUUCUCAUUGGAUAAACUUCCCUUAGACUUCAAUGCGAAGAAUCUUGUCAAUCUCAGCCUGCCUUACAGCUCCAUCAAACAAGUAUGGGAGGGUGUUAAGGUGAUACGCCAAACCUAAAGUGGGUUGAUCUCAAUCACUCGCUCAACUUGAGUGACCUGUCAGGUUUAUCAAAUGCUCAAAAUCUCGAAAGAUUGAAUCUUGAAGGUUGCCGGA